AUGAUAACUCUUGCUCCCAAUAUCUACAUCCUGCAGUACCUGGAAGGCACUGCGCAGCUCACCCCAACCAUCCGACAGACUGCCACUGGUUACCUUCAGAGCGAUUUCCUCUGCUUUCAGAAUCAGGUCAUCACCAAUGCUCGGUCUUGCUUGAGGCUUGUCGUUGGGAACCUGGGAAACACUUACACGACGGCUCUGCUUGCCUACACCUUCAGUCUGGCUGGAGAGACCAGCACUCGAGCACAGCUUUUAACUGCCUUGAACAACGUUGCUAUUUCUGAAGGCAACAAGCUCCACUGGUCUCAGACGUCAUCUGGUGACACUCUGGCGGUGGAGAUCAGCUCGUAUGUGCUGCUAGCGGUUCUCUCUGUACAGCCUCUCACAACCACUGAUCUGAGCUAUGCUAACCGCAUUGUCAACUGGCUUGUGGCCCAGCAGAACCCUUAUGGAGGCUUUUCCUCCACCCAGGACACUGUGGUGGCUCUUCAUGCUCUGUCUCUGUUCGCCGCUAAAGUGUUCAGCCUGGAGGGCUCCAGCACUGUUACUUUACAGUCCUCUAUGGCAGGAGAGGUGUAUAACUUGAGCUGUCUACUACACCAGGUUGCGUGUUUCUACAACAUCCCGACACCCAUUAGAGUUUCCAGAACACUUGGUGUUGAAGUGAAGGUGGCAAGAGACUGCAGAGUGCGUGGAGAUGAUCUCCUGCUGAACAUUACUGUGACGUAA